AAUGCCAUACUUAUGGGCAGUCUAGUUGGCUUUUCGGCUUUUAAUGGGAAAUAACGAAGCAAUUGUUGGAGGCGAUUAUCGAAAUUAUACCGAAUAGAGGAGCUCACUGGCCGCGCACAGUGAAGUCCAGAAUCCAGCUAACAUGUCCAGCUGCAGACAGUUCAAUCCGUUCUACAUUGGACCCUAUCCGGAGCGUGCGUGCGGCGAUUGUCCGUAUGGCGAGUACUCGGGCUUCACCAGAUGCGGAUGGAGUGGCGGUAACGGGCCCUUUGGCACCACCUUCUGUGACUCCCGCUAUGGCGGAGGAGGAGGAGGCGGCCAAGGCGGUGGAGGAGGGAGAGGUGGAUGUGGAGGCAGAGGCAGAGGUGGUUGUGCGCCAUCUUGUGGUCCUCGUGGCGGAUCGUGGUCCUGUGGUCCCCGCCCGUAUUCCCCGUGCUAUCAAUUUCCGUACGGAGCGGACAGCUGCAUGAUGUGCUCCAGUGGAUUUGGCUGCUGUGGCCAAUCCUGUCGCGCAUCCUGCUACUCCUGCUGCUGAGCAUGUACGUCUCGUGGACUCUGGACUUCACUGUUUGCGGUUAAUUGGUUUCUUGAGUUAUUUCUUUCUUUUUCUUUUUUUUGAGCAAAAUUGAUUGUAAAGC